AUGUCACAUACUUAUUACGAUCCCAUAAAUGACUCUCCCCAAAUCGAAAUGACUGGUUCCAUACCCACCAGCAUACUACGGCCCUCUCCACCCACUCAAAUCUCUAGUGAUAAUUUUUCCCACUCCAACAGCGCCGCGACCUUACUUCCUCACGAGCAGGAUUAUGCACAGUUCGAAAGUCAUUUUCAAACACCCGAACAAUCUUUUACCACCGGCCCUUAUAAAUCCAAGACCGGAAAACAAUUUCGGCAUAUUCUGUUAAAAAGUUUGGCACGAUGGUUCAUUACGCUGGUUUUGUGUAUUGCGUAUUUCUUGACGUUGACGUUCUGGAAUAAUAAGGGUACGGUGACGGAACGUUCCAAGAGGAUUUUCAAUGCGACUACCACAGGCAUUAGUAUUGCUCUGGGUCUCAAUAUUGCUAGUUCGUUGAAAGGUAUGGCGUUGAAUGCGCGUUGGGCAAUUUUACAUGCUAGCAAGAGAAAUCUUUACGAACUUGACCUUACUUUACACGCGGAUAGUUUGAUGGAUGUUGGAAAAUUGGCGUUUGUUUCGAAGAGACCGAUGGUUUUUGGUAUGGCUAUCUCGUGGUUGAUAUUCAAUAUCUUUGUACAAGCAGCUCUUGCAGCUAUUAGUCUAACGUAUGGUUUCGAAACCAGCUCAGAAAGUUAUCUAUUCACACCCGGCAAUGUCAUAAUUCCAAAUAUGAAGAAUUUCUCCAAUACCAUCGACGCCCAAGCCGGAGAUGAAGAAUACACAGCUCAUGCUUAUGGGGGUUUAGCUUGGAAUCUCGGAAUCGGCAGCUCGAUUGAACAUCUUCCAGCCCAAGGAGAUAUCUACCUAGGACUUACCAGCAACUAUAGCAUAUGGCAAGACAAACCCAACAACAAAAUGGUUUUUGUAUUCACCGAGUCCUCCACUUCCGCAUCCACCCAAAAGGCAGGUUCAUUGAGCGUCUACACUAACAGAACCCUCGAAAUGCAUUACUCCUGUUCCUCCUACGAAGUCACGUCCAUCAACAAUGAAACCGGCGAAAUCUACAUCAGCAACCGUGACACCAAACCCGUUUACAUAAGUUUAUAUGCCCCCAACGCCACCACCUUCUUCACCGUCGACGACUAUCGCUGUCCGGACACUUCCCGCUGUUCCAUCAUCCAAGCCCUUGAAACCAGCGACGUCCACCAGCAAUGGUACUACACCUGCAACAUCACACUCUCCGAAACCUUCAACGACGAGAAAAAUAUCUCAUACAUCAGCGACGAAAUGUCGUGGUUCUCCGCCGGCGCCAUUGCAAACACCGGAUACCUUAACGAUACCUUAUCCUACCCGCAGACAACCACCUGGGGCCGCCCCAUGAACGGCAACGAAACUGAAAUCGGAAUACAAAUCACCGCCUUUGCACUGACCUCCCUCUCCUUAGCCGCAGCCUACGGCCCCUCGACCUCCUAUCUCGGAUCCGAGCCACACAGCGGUUUCGCGCUCGAAAUAAACCAUACGCAUUUUUUCCUGCUCAUUGUGGUUCUCGCCCCCCUGGUGCAGUUUGUGAUGUGUUUUAUGGUGGCCGUGUGGAGUAAUUACGUGCAGGUGGGGGAUGAUGCGUAUAUUGGGAUGGGUUUGCUGUUGAGACCGAUUGCGGAUGCGCUUUUUCGGGUGAGUGAGGGAGUCGAUAAUAGGGCGUUUGCGGAGGCGAAGGAGAAGAUUUUGGUGAGGUACGAGAGGGGGGGGAUGGGAGGUGGGGGUUUGCGAUGA